AUUGUGGCCAGCUUGUCCCUCAGCCUUCUCGAGUGAUUUACUAUUUACUUAGCUGGGAACUUGCACUUCACGCCAUUGCUUCCCUUAUUUUCUAUUAUUGCAAUUCAGGUUGCAACAAUCUCUUUCCUUUUGCCAAUUCCUUGCCCGUUUCUCGACUUUUUGACUUUCGCAAUUGUUCGUUUGUUCGUCUGUUUAUUUCUAACAGAGCAAGUACAAUGGCGAGAUCAAAACAGGCUACUCCCCUGAGGAGAGAGCCAUCGUCCGAAUAUACCAGCAAAAUAGACGGUACACCGAGCCGCAGUUCUAGGAAUGCGGAUAAACUUAUCAAUGGGAAUGGGGCGCUGAACGGGAGUGCAGCUGAGAAAGUACUGGAGAGUGUUGUGCCAGGAGUAAAAGAGGCUGGCGCAUUGCAGUUCUUGAUUGCUGUCGGUGGUAUUUAUGGCUCGUUUCUGACCUGGGCACUCCUCCAAGAACGACUCACAACCACACCUUACGGCCCAACAUCCUCCCCCGAACUCUUCAAAUUCCCCGUCUUCCUCAACACGGUGCAAUCCCUCUUCGCCGCCCUAGUAGGCUAUAUCUACCUCCGCUACGACACCAAGGGCACCGCAACAGCACCCAUCUUCCCCAACCGCCGCAUCAUUAUCCCGCUCUUCCUCGUCGCGGUGACAUCCUCCCUCGCCUCUCCAUUCGGCUAUGCCUCCCUAGCACACAUCGACUACAUCACCUUCAUCCUCGCAAAGAGCUGCAAAUUGCUCCCGGUUAUGUUCCUACAUAUUACGCUAUUCCAGCGAAGAUACCCGCUAUACAAAUAUCUCGUUGUAUUGGCCGUUACUUCAGGAGUAGCAGUCUUCACUCUACACGCCGGCUCAGGAAAAGCGCAUUCCAAACCCUCCAAAGCAGCAAUCAACCCAGACAGGAACAGCACAUGGGGAUUACUCCUCCUCGGAAUCAACCUCCUCUUUGACGGCCUCACGAAUACCACUCAAGAUUACAUCUUCCAGACAUUCCAGCCAUACAAGGGACCACAGAUGAUGUGCGCGAACAACAUCAUGAGCACGCUUCUUACGUUCUCAUACUUGGCGCUGUCGCCGUACUUGGUGCACACGGGCGUGGGUGAGUAUCUGGGGAUGGACCUCGCGGCUGGUGGGGGCGGGGGAGAGUUCAAGGCUGCGUUGGGGUUUAUGGCGAGGCAUCCGGGGGUGUGGUAUGAUGUGCUGGGGUUUGCGAUUUGUGGUGCUGUUGGGCAGGUGUUUAUUUUCUACACCCUCUCAACAUUCUCCUCCCUCCUCCUCGUAACUAUAACCGUAACCCGCAAGAUGCUCACCAUGAUCCUCUCCGUUGUCUGGUUCGGUCACAGACUGGGCGGCAAGCAAUGGAUGGGUGUGGGGCUCGUGUUUGGUGGGAUUGGUGCUGAAGGUGUUAUCACGAGGAGAGAGAAGGCUGCGAAGGAUAGGGCGAAGAAGGAGGGCAUGAGUGGUAAGGGGAGUGCGAAGAAGGAAUUGUAGAUUGGUUGGCUGGUUGGUGGGCUGGUUGGGUGGUUGCAGAAGAGGGUGUGAAGCAGGACUACUAGGGGGGUUUGUACAUAUGAUAGGUCAGGAAAGGAGUGGUGAAUUUUCUUUACAUGUUAUGCUUGCAUAGUGCGAGAGGCGUUUGAUGCGACUGUUGUCGCCUGGGUAGGAUAUCCGCUGGCAUUCCAUUUGACGAGAGGGCGAUACCAAAAUAUAAAAUCUAGAGAUCUAUAAGAAAUAGAAACAAGCAUCAAAGAAGCAGUAACUUCUAUCAGAUAUUAUGUAGGAAGCCGGUGGAAUGCAAACUGUUUGCGGUUGGCCGUUUGUGGUUUGUUGACCUUUUUCCUCACUCGCUCGCUUCGCUUC